GCGCAGCGUUGGCCACAGCAGCUCCACUUUUAGACGAAAAAAGAUUACAAAAAUUGCAAAAAAAUAAACAUAAAAGCGGCAAACAAUUGUGGCAAUUGCGUAAAUUGGGGAAAAAUAACAAGAGUGCCUGAGCUGUACCGGUAGAGGUGGUGAUAAGCAAGGGCUGCUGCUCCGAAGUCUGCACACCCACCACCCGCGCCAAGUGACUCGCCUUAAAAAUUUUAAUGACGUUGCAUGACCAUUUUCGACAAUUUAAUUGAAUACCAAUUUUGAUUAUUGAUUUCCCACUGAGAGGUCAUAAAUAUCGUAGCAAACACCACAAACGCCAUAAUCGGACUAUAUUUACCACAACAUUUACAAAAACAAAAUAAACUCGCACAUAAAACCUUUAUUAAGACAAUUGUACUACCACCACAACUGCAAUCACGGCGGUCGGCAUGUAUCCAUGGAAUUCAACAUCUUACAGCCCAAGUGGCGGUGGCGGUGUCAGUAGCGAACGCCGCAUGACUAUGCCGAGUGGUCUAGACGAUCAGGAGAAGCUUUUGGCCGAAGCUAUAGGCACAGCGAAAAAACAGGCAUUCCAAAUGAAUCACUUCCUCGACAAGGAUCGCAUAUUGGAUGCGCUUAAAUGUGCUAGCACAAUGCUGAGCGAGCUGCGCACCUCCAUGCUCUCGCCGAAGAGUUACUAUGAGUUAUAUAUGGCCAUCACCGAUGAGCUUUGCCACCUGGAAUUAUAUUUGAGCGAAAAAGCCAACAAAGAUACGGAUUAUUAUGAACUUGUGCAGUAUUCGCAUACAAUUGUGCCACGUCUAUAUCUGCUCAUUACCGUCGGUAUUGUGUACAUCAAAAAAGAUUCCACGCUUAAGCGUAGUAUACUCAAAGACUUGGUAGAGAUGUGCCGUGGUGUGCAACAUCCACUACGUGGGCUCUUCCUACGCAAUUAUUUGCUGCAGUGCACGCGCAACAUAUUGCCUGAUGUGCUUGUGGCAGAAAACGAACAUCAUGGCAAUGUAUUGGAUGCCAUCGAUUUCGUCUUGACGAACUUUGGAGAGAUGAAUAAAUUAUGGGUGCGUAUGCAGCAUCAGGGCCACUCUAGCGAAAAGUCACGGCGCGAGAAAGAACGUGAAGAGCUAAAGAUUUUGGUGGGCACGAACCUGGUACGUCUUUCGCAACUCGAAUCUGCCACGUUGGAACACUACCAGCGCUAUAUAUUGCCUGGUAUAUUGGAGCAGGUGGUUAGUUGUCGUGAUGCUAUUGCACAGGAGUACCUAAUGGAGUGUAUUAUACAAGUGUUUCCCGAUGAAUUCCAUCUGCAAACCUUAGAUCCGUUCCUAAAGUCGUGUGCCCAACUGGAAACUGGUGUAAACGUAAAGAAUAUAAUAAUUUCUUUGAUCGACCGCUUGGCGGCCUACAAUCAGAGGAGUGGCAAGGUUUGCAAAACCAUCUUUUAUACAUUUAAGCAUACAAUGAUAGGAAAUAUUUUAUUUUCGCAGACAAGCGGGACUGACAUUGAGUCCAUUAUACCGCCUGAAGUGCAGUUAUUUGAAGUGUUCAGCAUUCAAGUGGCAAAUAUUGUGCAGACUCGCACCGAUAUGCCACUGGAAGACACGAUAUCUCUGCAGAUUGCGCUGCUAAGUCUCGCGCAAAAAGUUUACCCAGAUCGCGUUGAUUACGUGGAUAAAGUGCUUGGCACCACGACACAAAUCUUGGAGAGCCUAGAAAUGAAUAACAUUUCUCAUUUCCUGUCGGUAAAUCAAGAAUUAUCGCGUCUCCUGCGCAUUUGCAUCGAUUUCUACAACAAUGCACUGACUGUUAUACAACUAAAGAACUUCACGCCACUACUAGACAAGUUCGACUAUGUUUCACGAAAAUCAGUGGCCCUCUAUUUGGUUAUGAAUGUGCUUGAAUUUGAAACUCUCAUACCAACAGCUGAACAAACUGAACAUGUACUGACCAUAAUCACACCGCUAAUCAAAGACGAGGAAGUGCCCAUUGGUCCGGAUGGCAAACCAGUUCCCCAACCAGUCAAUGGUAAUAACUUCGAUCCCGAAGAAUUCGCCGAGGAGCAAGGCAUUGUUGCGCGUUUCAUCCACUAUAUAAAGUCCGAUGAACCCGACAUGCAGUAUAAAAUUCUACAAUCCGCACGCAAGCAUCUGGGCGCCGGUGGCCCACAACGCAUCAAGCAUGUUCUACCGCCACUCAUCUUUUCUGCCUACCAAUUGGCCUAUAAAUAUAAGGCAAUCGCUGAGGAGGAUGAAAACUGGGAUAAGAAGUGCCAGAAAAUAUUACAAUACUGCCACAGCACAAUUGCGGCGAUAGCCAAAGCCGACUUGGCCGAUCUGGCGUUGCGUUUGUACCUACAAGGUGCGCUGGUUAUUGGUGAAAUAGGUUACUCAAAUCACGAAACAGUGGCUUAUGAAUUUAUGACGCAAGCAUUCUCACUGUACGAGGAUGAAAUCUCUGAUUCAAAGGCACAGUUGGCAGCAAUUAUGCUUAUCAUGUCCACAUUCGAACAAAUGGCAUGCUUUAGUGAAGAGAACGCUGAGCCUUUGCGCACAAAUUGUGCGCUUGCAGCCUCUAAACUAUUGAAGAAGCCCGAUCAGUGUCGUGGUGUGGUGGCGUGCGCUGCGCUCUUCUGGAGUGGCAAGAAAAAUGGUGAGGAGAUGCGUGAUGAGAAACGCACGCUGGAGUGUUUGAAGAAGGGCGCACGUAUAAUUGCGCAUUGCUUGGACGUUGGUGUACAAGUGCAGCUAUAUGUCGAAUUGUUGAAUCACUAUCUCUUUUAUUUCGAACGUGGUAAUUCCCUGAUUACUGUGGCAAUGUUAAAUCAGCUUAUCGCCAAAAUCAACGAGGACUUACCAAAUCUGGAGUCCACCGAGGAGACUAAACAAAUCGAAAUGCAUUACAAAAACACAUUAGCGCAUAUUAAAAGCCGCAUGGAAUCGAACGAUGCGGGCUUGGAGGUUUCAUUCGCCGGCAUUUCCAUAAAUUAGUAAAUGUAAUGUGUCAUUACUUAAAGCGCAUAUAGUUUUUGUACAGCGUGCGUUCUCAGUAUGGUUUUUAUUUGAAUUAUCUCUAUAUACCGUUUGCAUUGUAUGAAUGAUAGCAGUAUGUAAUUGAAGCGCCAGCAGUAUGAACUUCCUUUUGAGUUUUAAAACACAAAACGCUUCCCUAUUUUAUUAUCUGCUUAAGUUGUAACUACAGUGCUAUUUUUUUCACUUCUGCACUUAAUUUUUUGUUGCAUAUUUUACAAAAAAGCAUAAAAAGCUAAAAAUGGUAUUCAGUUGUUCAAAGUGAUUAUAUAUAUGACAGCUUCUAUUAUGUGUUUAGCGAAUUAAAAUUAUAUCGAAAUUCCAUUUAUUGUAAAUCGAUUGGAAGACUAUUAUAAAUAUUGUAUUGAUUAAAUUGUUAAUCACUUGAUUAUUGCUAAAAUUAUGCCCAUUUAUUUCCAAUUUCUUUACAUAUUUAUGCCCAUACUUACGAUUAUUAUGUAGGCGAUAAAGCUUGUUACUUGCUUAGCUUCUCCAAAUCGGAAUUAUACUUCAAUUGCUGCAAUUUUUAGUUGCUUAAAACAACAACACAUUCUCGAUAA